AUGGCGGACUCACUCUCCAGCAGCAGCUGUGCUGACACGGAGGGCCACAGCUCCGCAUCGAGCCUGAGCCUCUCUGUGGGCUACUACCCCGGUGAGGACACCUUUGCCUACGAGAACACAGUCUCCCAUGAGGAUACAUUUGCCGAGGGUCCCUCAAUCCAUUCUGUCCCUCCUUUCCAAGGGUCAUGGCAGACUGACACUGGAGGGAGACUCCUGGAGAGACAAGACCACAUUCAGGACGACCCAGAGCAAUUCUGCAAACUGAGCAUCACCCUGGCCUGUGAUACUGACAUGAGCUCUAACCAUUCAGACUCCGUCAUCAGCUGGGGUCUCCAUGGAGACAGCCUGUGGAUAAACAAGUACCCCAAAGAGAAGACACAACUGACUCUCAGCAAACUGAAUGGUCUUGUGCAAAAGCUUGAGCAAUUUUUAGAAAAUCAGAGAGAUGACAAAGAUGAUGAGUCUGUGUUCCCUGAACCUGCUCAAAAGGAAGAUGUGCAGCUGUCCGGCAGCACCUCCCCGCACAUGGCGCAGACAAUAAGCCAAACAAGUGGCAGCGAAAGAACAGGCACCGCAGAGACCUCCUCAAGCUCAUCAGAUCAGCUGGAGGAGGAGGAGGACAGUCAUGCCAGCACACAAGCCCUCUCCUGCCUCAACUUCAGGUGGGCCUUCCGCUGGCUCAGGCAGCAAGUGCUCUCAUUUUGGGGAAGACAGCACCCCCAGAAGGCCACUGAGGACCCCUGUCAGCCAACACAAAAGAAAAGACUCUCUCACAGAAACAAGAGAAUCCAACCUCAAGAAUCCAUUGAAUUAGAACACCCUGUGCUGCCGGAUUUUAAAACUUGUUGA